UUAAUCAUAUAGAUUAUAGAUUUUAUGUUAUCUAUUCAAAAAAAGAAAUGUAUCCAAAGAAGAUUAUUAAAAAAAUACCAGGGGAUAUACCACCGCCAACAAAAAAGGAGAAUCAAGGACAUAUUGAAGAUUUAGCUAACAAAUCAAAGAUAGAAUUAGAAGAACUUUUAGAUCGACAGAAUAAAAUGCUAACAAAUAGAAAAUUUAUUUCGAUACUUCCUGAUAAAGGGGAAAAGAUCAUAGCAUUUCGAGAUAAAUUAUUAAACAUACUCAAUUAUCAGAAAGAAAUAGAUAAAGCAGCUGUAUUUCUAUCAAGAUUGAAUAUAGCAUCCGAAGGAAAAGCAGCAAUGAAUGAAUUAGAAUGGACAGGUUCUUAUACCAAAGAAAUUCAUAAAAAUAAAAUCAUUGAAUUGGAUAGUGAUGAUGAAGAAGAAGAUCCAUUAAAAAUUUUAGCACAACCUACAGGAACUGGUGUACAUAAAAAGAAAAUUAUACCUUUACAACCAAUGGAAUCAUUAAUAAAACCAGAAGACUUAAAGGAAAUUGCAUCUUUUGAAAAUGAAACAUCUGCAGAACCAAUACAUGUAAAAUAUGUUAUUGAUAAAGUUGAAAAAUCUCAGGAAAAAAAUCAAUUAAAAAAGGAACCAUUUAAACCAUAUAAAACUAGUAAGAGUAAUGUUCAUGAUCCAGAGAAGGAGAAAGAAAGAAAAUAUACAAAAUAUUGGGAAAUUACUGCUGCUACUCCACCUCAUAUAGUACAUGGUGCUAUAAAAUCUUUAAGUUUGAAUGAAUCUUUACAAUUGCAAAGAGAACAUGUAAAAAAGUUACAGGAAAUGCAAGCGAAGCACGCAGCAGAACGAUUAACGCAACAACUAGGUUUGCAUAAUAUUGGUUAUAUACCAGAGAAUGUAGGUGAUUAUCGCGUACAUAAAGCUAUAAAGGAGGAUAGUUCUUCUAGUUCUGAAAGUGAAGAAGAAGAAGUACAUGACGAAGAAGAUAAUGAUAAAAGAGGAACUAUUGUUUAUACAAUAGAUUCUAUUAAAAGUUAAAUACAGGAUCAAUUAAAAAAUAAUUAUAGACACGAAAACCAUAAGUUUAACGUUGCAAAAACAAGUUGAAUGUAAUUGUACAGUUUGUUUCAUUCUGUAAAUAAAUACUGUAGAAAAUAUUGUAUAUAUGUAUGAUAAAUUUAAAAAAUAUUUAUAUUUAAAUAUUAAAAAAUUAAAAUAAUUUAAUAUCUUAUCAGUUCUUGGAACAUAUCUUGCGAAAACCUAAGAAUAUCUUCAUUUUACUUUAUUUUAUUUAAAAUUCUAAAUUUAGGUGAAGAAAGGAUAAAAUUUCCAUAUUUAUAACUUUUAUUUUAUUUUAGUUGUAUAUCAAUUGUAGCCAAAAUUGUUAAUGAUUUCUGUGUAUGGAGCUGCAGCUCUAGCAACAGAUGCUCCAGCCUGUUUUGUGAGUUUCUGUAAUUAAAAAAUUAGUUAAACAUA